UUUGUGGAGAUCCCAAUAUUAAUUAUAGAUAUCGAUGAAGAAUAUAUAUACGAUGUAUUACGAACGAUACAGUUGUUUAUUUUCUUUUAAUAAGAUAUGUGCUUACAGGCUAUAAAAAUGAGAUAAGAGAUAUAUCAAACGAAAGUAUGCAGAAAUUUCUAAAUGUCAUCUCGCCUUAUCUUUUUCUUACGUAAAAAAAAUUUUGUCCUUGUUGAUGCCUAAAUGAUAUUGUUUACAUAACUGAUAAUGCUUAUUUACAUACAUCUUUAAACAAAAAAAAAAAACAGAUAAUAUGGAUCAUAUCUUACGUUUCAAUCCAGUAGCACGAAACGUUGCCCGCAUUAUAUAUCGAAUACGAUUUAACAUUAACAUUAAUAUAUCAUUGGAUAUAUUUUUACAAGAAUCAUGGAUAUCAGCAUAGUUGACGUCGAAGUAAAGGAUAUUAGAUUUCCUACGUCGUUGAAGGCAGAUGGUAGCGAUGCUAUGCAUACAGAUCCCGAUUAUUCAUGUGCAUAUGUCAUCUUAAAAACUAACACAGAUAUUCGUGGAUACGGAUUAACAUUUACUUUGGGUAGAGGAACUGAAAUUGUUGUCCAGGCAUGCAAAUCUUUGUCUACUUUGGUAAAAAAUCAAAAAGUUUUAAAUAUCUUCAAUGACUUUGCAUCAUUCUGGCGAAAACUGACUAGUGAAUCGCAAUUGAGAUGGAUUGGUCCGGAAAAAGGUGUCAUUCAUCUUGCCACAGCUGCUAUAAUAAACGCUUUGUGGGAUAUGUGGGCUCGUAUAGAAAAAAAGCCUGUUUGGAAACUUCUUGUAGAUCUAACUCCAGAACAAUUGGUUUCUACCAUCGACUUUAGAUACAUUACCGAUUUUAUUACGAAAGAAGAGGCGAUACGAAUGUUAAGAAAUAAUGAAGUAGAUAAAAAAAAACGCGAAAAAUUUUUAAUCGAAAAUGGAUAUCCUGCUUACACUACACAAAUAGGCUGGUUGGGUUACAGCGACGAAAAAGUUAAAGAACUUUGUAAAAAAUUUUUAGAUCUGGGAUUUACAUCUUUUAAAGCAAAAGUUGGUCAAAAUAUAAAAGACGAUAUUCAACGAUGUCGUUUGAUACGCGAGACGAUCGGAUAUGAAAACAAGCUGAUGUUGGAUGCUAAUCAGGUUUGGGAUGUUGAGGAAGCAAUUGAAUGGAUGAAGCAAUUGAAGGAAUUUAAACCAGUUUGGAUAGAAGAGCCCACUUCACCGGAUGACAUUUUAGGCCAUGCUAAGAUUGCCGACGAAUUGAAGUCUAUUGGCAUAGCUGUUGCAACUGGCGAGAUGUGUGCAAAUCGUGUAAUGUUUAAACAAUUGUUACAAUCAAAAGCUAUCCAAUUUUGUCAAAUAGACUCUGCUAGAAUAGGUGGAAUCAACGAAAUAUUAGCUGUAUAUUUUAUGGCUAAAAAGAUUGGAAUACCAGUAUGCCCGCAUGCUGGAGGUAUAGGUUUAUGCGAAAUGGUUCAACAUCUUCAAAUGUGGGAUUUUGUAUCUCUUAGUGGAACAACUACAGAUCGUGUUAUAGAAUACGUAGAUCAACAACAUGAACAUUUUGAAAAUCCAGUACAGCUCAGAAAUGCAUGUUAUAUGCCACCUAUUGCUCCAGGUUAUUCGACUAAGCUUAAGAAUGACUGUAUUUCGAAUUAUAUCUAUCCUGAUGGAACAGAAUGGCGACGUACGUUUAAUUAAGGAAUUUAUCAGUUAAAAACUGUAACACACUAAAUGUUUUUGUAUAAAAUUAAUAAGUUUUAAACAGAAUUUGUUUACUUACAACAUUAUACAAUCAAAUUAAAAUAAUAUAGCUAUAAAGUAUAUAUAACAGGUAUAAAUUCUUAUAAAAUUUUAAUAAUAAUUGAACUAUAUAUCUCA